GGCUGCGCCGUGGCCCCGCCUUUCCGGAGCGCGGGCGCGCGGUGGCGGGAAUUUCGCCUGUUUGCGGUUUAGACCCCACAGAUUCCUAGUGGUGGUAAGGGUCACAGGAGGUAGAUUUCGGGAGCUGGAAGUGUGAGCAGGUACGACAGGCACCUCGGGUAACCGACGCACCGGGUCCUUGCUGCAGCCGGGUGCCGGGAUACUGGCUCCCAGCCUCCUUCGCCCGAGUGCUGCCGGGCAUGGGCCUGGAAUUUCUUCACACCUUCUCUUUGGAGCCCUUAAUGAUACGACGAACCUCAAACAUUUCAGAACAUGAAGUAAACAAUGGAAAACUGUUCUGCCGCAUCGACGUUCCUGACUGACAGUUUAGAGCUGGAGCUGGGCACAGAAUGGUGCAAACCUCCUUACUUUUCUUGUGCUGUUGACAACAGAGGAGAAGGAAAACAUUUUUCUGGAGAAUCCUACCUCUGCAGCGGAGCCCUUAAGCGAUUGAUUUUGAAUCUUGAUCCUUUACCAACUAAUUUUGAAGAAGACACCUUAGAAAUAUUUGGCAUUCAGUGGGUUACUGAAACAGCAUUAGUGAAUUCAUCUAGAGAACUCUUUCAUUUAUUCAGGCAACAACUGUACAACCUGGAAAUCUUGUUACAGUCCAGUUGUGAUUUUGGGAAGGUAUCAACUCUGCACUGCAAAGCAGACAGUAUCAGACAGCAGUGUGUACUAUUUCUCCAUUAUGUUAAAGUUUUCAUCUUCAGAUAUCUGAAAGUACACAAUGCUGAGAGUCAUGUUCCUGUCCAUCCUUAUGAGGCUUUGGAGGCUCAACUUCCCUCGCUGUUGAUUGAUGAGCUUCAUGGAUUACUCUUGUAUAUUGGACACCUAUCUGAACUUCCCAGUAUUAAUAUAGGAGCAUUUGUAAAUCAAAACCAGAUUAAGCUUUUUCCACCAUCAUGGCAUUUAUUACAUCUCCACUUGGAUAUACAUUGGCUGGUGCUAGAAAUUCUUUACAUGCUGGGUGAAAAAUUGAAACAAGUUGUAUAUGGUCAUCAGUUUAUGAAUCUGGCAAGUGACAGUUUAACCAAUGUCAGCCUGUUUGAAGAACAUUGUGAAACUCUGCUUUGUGAUUUAAUAAGCCUGUCACUCAACAGGUAUGACAAGGUGAGGCCUUCUGAAUCAUUAACGAGUGACCAGUGUCCAUGUUUAUGCAUUAAAGAAUUAUGGGUUCUACUUAUUCAUCUUCUAGACCACAGAAGUAAAUGGUCUGUCUCAGAAUCAUUUUGGAACUGGUUGAAUAAACUACUUAAAACACUGCUUGAAAAAUCAAGUGACCAAAGAAGACCCUCUGUGCCUGUAAUCCAGUCCAGGGAUCCAUUAGGUUUUAGUUGGUGGAUUAUUACUCAUGUAGCAUCAUUUUACCAGUUUGAUCGCCAUGGAGUACCAGAUGAAAUGAGAAAAGUAGAAUCAAAUUGGAACUUUGUAGAAGAACUGCUGAAAAAGUCCAUCAGUGUUCAGGGUAGUAUUCUAGAAGAACAAUUACGAAUGUAUCUUCACUGUUGUUUGACGCUUUGUGAUUUCUGGGAGCCAAACAUUGCAAUUGUUACCAUUUUAUGGGAAUAUUAUAGUAAGAACCUGAAUAGUUCCUUCAGUAUUUCUUGGCUUCCUUUUAAAGGCCUUGCUAAUACCAUGAAGUCACCCUUGUCGAUGCUUGAAAUGGUGAAGACUUGCUGUUGCGAUAAACAAGAUCAGGAUCUGUAUAAAUCUAGCAGUAGUUAUACAAUUUUUCUUUGCAUUCUGGCAAAAGUUGUUAAGAAAGCAAUGAAGAGCAAUGGCCCUCAUCCUUGGAAACAAGUCAAAGGAAGGAUAUAUUCAAAAUUCCAUCAAAAAAGAAUGGAAGAACUAACUGAAGUUGGUCUACAGAACUUUUUUAGCCUUUUUCUACUGUUAGCAGCUGUUGCAGAGGUAGAAGAUGUUGCAAGUCAUGUUUUAGACCUCCUGAAUUUCCUCAAGCCUGCUUUUAUAACGUCUCAGAGAGCCCUCAUUUGGAAGGGUCACAUGGCCUUCCUCUUGAUGUAUGCCCAGAAAAAUGUGGACAUUGGUGUUUUGGCUGAGAAGUUUUCAUGUGCUUUCCGGGAGAAAGCAAAGGAAUUCUUGGUGUCUAAGAAUGAGGAAAUGAUACAGAGACAGACUCUCUGGACACUUCUUUCCAUAUACAUUGAUAGUGUUCAAGAAGUGUUUGAGACCAGCUAUUGCUUGUAUCCUUCCCAUGAAAAACUGCUUAAUGAUGGAUUUAGUAUGCUUCUACGAGCAUGCCGAGAAUCUGAACUUAGGACAGUAUUGAGCUUUCUACAAGCUGUUCUGGCCAGAAUCAGGAGUAUGCAUCAACAAUUGUGUCAGGAACUUCAAAGGGACAAUGUGGACCUGUUUGUACAGUCUUCAUUAUCAGCUAAAGAGCGCCACCUUGCUGCAGUUGCCAGUGCACUGUGGAGACAUUUCUUUUCAUUUUUGAAGAGUCAGAGAAUGUCACAGGUAGUGCCUUUCUCACAACUUGCGGAUGCAGCUGCAGACUUUACUUUGCUAGCAAUGGACAUGCCAAGCACAGCUCCAUCAGAUUUUCAGCCUCAGCCAGUUAUAUCAAUUAUUCAACUUUUUGGUUGGGAUGAUAUCAUCUGCCCUCAAGUCGUAGCAAGAUAUUUAAGUCAUGUCCUACAAAAUAGCACAUUAUGUGAAGCACUUUCUCAUUCAGGCUAUGUAUCUUUUCAAGCCUUAACCAUAAGAUCAUGGAUUCGUUGUGUUUUGCAAAUGUAUGUUAAAAACCUCUCUGGGCCUGAUGAUUUGCUCAUAGAUAAAAAUCUUGAACAGGGAGUUGAAAAAGAGUACAUGGAACAGUUGGUCAAACUGACAAGGUUACUAUUUAAACUCUCAGAAGUAAAGAGUAUUUUCUCAAAGGCCCAAGUUGAAUAUUUAUCCAUCUCAGAAGACCCUAAAAAAGCACUCGUUCGAUUCUUUGAGGCUGUUGGUAUAACUUACGGGAAUCUCCAGACACUUUCUGAUAAAUCUGCCAUGGUCACAAAGUCCUUGGAAUACCUUGGUGAAGUAUUAAAAUAUAUUAAGCCUUAUUUGGGGAAAAAAGUUUUCAGUGCAGGGCUGCAGCUGACUUAUGGAAUGAUGGGAAUUCUUGUGAAAUCAUGGGCACAAAUCUUUGCCACCUCUAAAGCCCAAAAAUUACUAUUCCGGAUCAUAGAUUGUUUACUGCUUCCACAUACAGUAUUACAACAAGAGAAGGAACUGCCUGCACCUAUGUUGUCAGCAAUUCAGAAAAGUCUUCCUUUGUAUCUCCAGGGCAUCUGUAUCGUGUGUUGUCAAUCUCAAAAUCCGAGUGCCUAUUUGAAUCAAUUGCUAGGGAAUGUUAUUGAGCAGUAUAUUGGGCGAUUUCUUCCAGCUUCACCAUAUGUUUCAGAUCUUGGACAACAUCCUGUUUUACUGGCAUUGAGAAACACAGCCACUGUUCCGCCAAUAUCAUCUCUUAAGAAAUGCGUUGUACAAGUCAUAAGGAAAUCCUACCUUGAGUAUAAGGGGUCCUCACCUCCUCCUCGCUUAGCAUCCAUUCUGGCCUUCAUCCUCCAACUCUUCAAGGAAACUAACACAGACUUUUAUGAAGUCGAACUACUCCUCCCUGGCAUUUUAAAAUGCUUGGUGUUAGUCAGUGAACCACAAGUUAAAAGGCUGGCCACAGAGAACCUGCAAUACAUGGUAAAAGCCUGCCAAGUGGGGUCAGAAGAAGAACCUUCCGCCCAGCUGACUUCUGUGUUUAGGCAGUUUAUCCAGGAUUAUGGUAUGAGGUACUAUUAUCAGGUUUACAGCAUUUUAGAAACAGUAGCAACAUUGGACCAGCAGGUUGUCAUCCACUUGAUUUCUACCCUCACUCAAUCUCUGAAGGAUUCAGAGCAGAAAUGGGGCCUUGGCAGGAAUAUAGCACAAAGGGAAGCAUAUAGCAAACUUUUGUCUCACCUUGGACAGGUGGGACAAGAUGAGAUGCAGAGACUGGAAAAUGAUAAUACUUAAUAUAUUUUGUGAUUCAUCCUGUCUAUUGAUUAUCAGUAUCUAAAGCCACAUUGUUCCACUCCAAUUCCUACUUUUAAUUAAUUGUAUAAUGUUCUGUUUAAAAUAAUUUCUAGGAUUUUUUCCCUUUUAUAUCUGUAAGUAAAAAAAAAAAAUGUAUAAAUAAGGAACUAAAGGUUAAUUAGCAACUAUGUAAUAGAAUCCUUGGAACUUUGCAAAACUGCAUUCUACCUUGAUGAAAUUUUAAACUAAAUUAAAGAAACUUUUUCUAACUGGGAGUGUUUUCUGUGUAUGAGUAUUAAGCAGAUACUUAAGCAGAUACUUCAUCCAUGGACUUUUGUUGUAGUAUGACUUCCUACCUCUCUGCCUUGUGACUGAUUUGUCAUGUUUAUUUUUUAUUUUUACAAUAAUAGUUAUGUUUUAAAAUGAUACUUUUUCAAUAAUACAUUAUACUGGCUACCCUAUACUGUUUUUUUGGUGGGGGAAAGGUGUUAGGAAAUAUGACUGUGUAUUUGUUUUUCUUUUUUAUAUGUGUGAGGCAAGUUAAUAAAUAAAACCCUUACAAAGCACACUUAACUGUGUUAGGAAUGAGACUGAAUCUGGCUAAAGGAUUAUACAGCUGAUAUCCAAAAAGAGUGUAAACAUGCCAACAGGGUUUAUAUUUAGGUUCCAAGAGUUGCCAAAUUUUUUCUUUAUUCAUGAUUUCUUUUGAAGUUGUCAUUUUAAAAAAUCAUAUCAGGAGGAGGAAAUAAAGGAGACUUUAAGAGGAGAAAAAUAAAAAUAUUCUAGAAAAGUAGUAAUAGUAGUGGUCUGAGAAGUCAGCUGAUCUAUCUUCUUGCUCUUUAGCCAGAGCUUCUUAUAACAGCAUUUUAUCCAAGAAACCUGUUUAGUUUCCUUUAACAACAUUGUUUCUCAACUUUUGAACUCUUACCUCAUCCAGAUUGUUUUACCAGUUGGCUCUUGUCCUUGACUCCUUUUCAUAGCGAUCAUUAUUUGGUUGAAAGAACUCCAGUCCUAGUUUUGGGAACCCACCUGGGUCUCAAACUCAGCUUUGCUUUAUGAUCUUGAGCUAGUUACAUAACCUUUCUCAGUCUAGUUUCUUCAUGGAGAAGAAAAGAAGAAUCCCUUUACUAUUUGACAGUGUUAUUGUGAGAAUCAAUGGGAUAAAUGUGAAAACAUUUGGUGGCCCAUAUUCUGUUAGGAAAUGUACAGACAUGAUUAGUUUAUUACUCAUGCAUAAUUAAGGCAAAGAACACCUCUCAAUUUUAUCUUUCUCUAAUGAUAUGUCCCAGAUGAAUGAUCCCACUUUCCAAUGUUUUCUUACAUCAUAUUUUCUAACUUUGAAGUAAUUUGUUUCCUUCUUGGGAUUAUAGUCUUUAUCGUGGUUCUACUCUUCCUUCAAGAAAACAUUUCAACCCUUCUGUGGCUCAAAGAGUAUCUUUAAAAAAGAAAUACUUUGCAAUCAGCAUUCUAUAGUUAAUAGCUCUCUCUUAAUUGUAAUCUGUGAAAUCCAAAGGAGUGUCUGUUAUUUUCAUAACAUAUAAAUGGUCUUUCUCUCAACUCAACUUCAUCAAAUGGAAUAAACGAAAGCUUAAGGCUGCUUAAUAGACUUCAUAACACUGAAUUUCUUUUCAUCAUGAUAGUGACUUACUAAACAAAUAAUGUAUGGCUUGGCAAGUUCCAGCAGUUACUGAGGAGUUUUAUCUAUUUAAGGUGAUGCCUUUAAAGAGGUUAUUUAUGUGUAUAUGUGUGUGUGUGUAUAUAUGUGUUUUUUUUUUUUUCAAAAGGAGAUUGAUUAAAGAUAUAUUUGAGAAUCUUGCUCCUUAGAGUAUGAAACAUUUAAAGGAUAGGAAAAUCUGCUACUGAAUCAUGCUUUAGGACAUAUAUCUGUAGAUACUAAGAAUAACUAAAAUUUGUACUUAAAAAUGGUAACAACAAAGUCUGUAACAAUAUGUAUGUGUAUUAUAUGUUUUGUAUUUAUGUAUAAGUAAAAUUUUUUUAAAGCUUUUUUUUUUAAUUGACGAAAGAAGAAAAUUUAUGGCUCAUUUCCUUUUUUAAAAAAUCUUCACUGAUCUUUCACUUACUACUACAAUCUUGCCUUCUUCCAUUCCCAGACUUGGAGUCCCUUAUACCUGCUUCUUUAAUAGCCACUUUUCCCUAAAUACCCUGUAAUUUCGGAGGCUACUUCUUCUACCAGUGUAAUAUAAGCCAUUCUUUUUUGGUCAAAUCUGAAUUUGUUCUCCUUUCUCAUGUUCUUUGUUCUUUCUGUGACAAUUGUCUUUUAUCUUCCCAUCAGUUCCACAAUGAUGUUGCUCCCUCCUACAUAUACAGUUGACCCUUGAACGACACAAGUUCGAACUGUGCGGGUCCACUUAUAUGUGGAUCUAAAAUACAGUAUUUGUGGGAUGCAAAAUCUGAGUAUAUGGAGGACUAACUUUUGGUAUAGGCAGGUUCCUCAGGGCCAAUUGCGGGACUUGAGUAUGUGCAGAUUUUGGUAUGCACAGGGGAUCCUGGAACCAAUCCCCAGACAUAUCAAGAAAUGACCACUGUAUCUUGAGAGCACCUUCAUGGUCUUCUUCCCUGUCCCCAGUUGUAAGAUAUGACCCCUUCAUCUGCUUUGUCUCAACAUUCUGUUAGUGGUGAACUGAUAGCUCCACCUUUUAUCUCUUAAAUCUCUUUCUAGUGCUAAUUUAUCUCUAAACCUCUGUAGUUGGAGUCUCCUGAAAUCUCAAGGCAACAUGUCAAGCUACCCAUGUCACUUCCUAUUUCAGACUACCUCCUGCUUUGAUUUUCUACCCAGGGAAUACACUGUUGUCCCAAGUUAUUUAGCCUUGAAAUGUCAGAGGCAUUUUAGGUUCUUCGUUUUUCUCCCACUUUCAGUUGAUUACCGUUACGGGCUCUUAGACUUCUUUUUUUCUUUUUGCAAUGCCUUGCAUCCACUGGUUUGAUGUUUGUUUUUUCUGUUGGGCACUACUUAUUUCCUUACCUCUGGUUUCCUCUCCUACACCUUAUGUUCUGAAAUGUGUAUUCCUAAAAUACUGUUUUCCUCUUGUUACUUUUCUGCUCAAGGACUUCCAAUAACUGCCCAUUGUUUAUAAGGUGAUGUUCAAACCCUUCAGUCUGGAGACUUUCUGCUACCUAUCUGAUUGUACCUUUUAUCUUCAAGCUUAUCUCUUUCCAAACAAGAGGCUCGUUUAGUAGUUUUCUCUGAUUGCCAUGUUCAUCCUACACUCAGCCUCAUUCAGUUUACAGUGUGGAAACUGUAUAGGACCUGUUUCCUAUAGAAAUUGAAGACACUUAAAUAGGAAGAAAAUUAAAAUACACAUUUGGAGACAUGAGUAUUCCAGUCAAAUAAUAUCUAUACAAUACCAGAUAGAGUAUAAAAGACGACUGAAGGACAACAGUGAUGAAAGGACUUUAUUAGGCAUUUGGAUUUGGUUAUGAUUUAAAUUUCAAUUUAAUUAGAACGUUUCCAUGGCGAGGAAGGAAGCACGGAGGAUUGUGGAAAAGUCAUUCAGUAUUGAGUUCAUUUGCAUUAGAAGAAUUUCAUAGUUUAAAACUUGUAUAUCUAUACCUGUCCUUCGUAUGUUUUCUUCUUAAGCAUAUUCGCCUUUUUCUACCUCAGCAUCUAUAUAAUAUUUGUGAGUCAGAUGUUUGUGGGUUUUCAUUACCUAUUAUUAUUUUCUUCCAUGCUUUACAACAAAUUUUUAAACUACCUUGUUCUUAAAUAAUUACAUGGACUUGUUUCCAUGUACUUUCACAGAAUCUUUGACAGCUAAAAUUAUGUGUUAUAUAAAAAUUUGACAAGCUUCUACAGUCGGGAAAAGCCUUUAGAAAUCUGCCUUCCCCAAACCGUACAUGUUAUCAUACCACUCAUGUCUCCCCAUGUCUGAAAGGUAAAUAGAUACAGAAACCUCACCAAAAGUUGAAUCAUCUGUACUAAACCACUGCUUUUUUAUCCAGACUUUUUAUAUAAAUCUUAUAUUUUCCAAAAAACUGAUCUUUUGCCUACCCCUCUUAGAGUUAAAAAUAUUGCCUUGUCAGGCAAGAGUAUAGUAUGCCAAUAUAAAUAAUAUGCUUUAUUUGGUUAGAAACAGUUGGUUUGGGAAGCUAGCAAUGUAGCAUAUUCUUCACAAAUUUAAUAAGAUAUGUGUAUUUUGAUAGUGUGAUAACCUGCAUUGUAAAUUAUCAAAUGGUUGGAAUUGACCAGUUUAUACUUAUUAAAAUUUUUGUUGUGCCGAUGGCGUCCAAUUCAUUGCAUUUGUGAAUUGUGCUUCUAGAAAAAUUGUGGACAUUUUAAUUUUAUAUAUAUAUUUAUGAGUUAUUUGUGCAUAUGAUAAAAAUUUAUAUAUAGUAAUAAAAGUAUAUAUUUAACUUA